AUGGCACCGCCCACGCACCUCCACCUCGUCCGCCACGCCCAAGGCUACCACAACCUCACCCCGGACAACCACAAGCUCCACGACCCGGCCCUCACCCCGCUCGGCAAGCAGCAGUGCGCCGACCUGCAGCGCGCCUUCUUCUCCCCCUCGCAGCAGCAGGCCCGCAUCACGCACGUCGUCGCCUCCCCCAUCAAGCGCACGCUCUGGACCGCCCUCCUCGCCUUCGCGCCCGCCAUCGACGCCCAACAGUUGCGUGUCAUAGCCCUGCCCGAGCUCCAGGAGACGAGCGACCUGCCGUGCGACACGGGCUCCGACCGCGCCGAGCUGGAGCGCGAGUUCGAGGGGCAGCCCGUCGACUGGAGCCGCGUGGGGGACGGGUGGAAUAGUAAGACGGGAGUGUGGGCGCCGACGCCGGCGGCGGUGGCGGAGAGGGCGAGGAGGGCCCGCAAGUUUUUGAGGGAGCUGGCGGGGGAGGAGGGCGCAGAGGUCGUCGUCGUGACGCAUGGCGGGUUGCUGCAUACGUUUACGCAGGACUGGACCGGGUUUGAUAAGUACUGCGGAACCGGCUGGGCCAACACCGAGUACCGUACCUACACGUUCGUUCCCGACUCGGGCGACGAGGCGCGCAUCGUCGAGACUCCCGAGUCCCGCGCAGAUCGGGGCGCGGCGCCGUUCUCGGAGGCCGAGAACCUUAGGAUGCAGGCGAAGGAGAAGGAAUGGCUGGCGCAGAGCUUAGAGGACGGCAGCCAGACCGAGGAUCCGGCGCCCGGUCCGGCGAUACAAGAGGUGGGUGUUGAAGCCGUGAAGGCCCAGGCUUAG